CUCAUUCCCUCUGCAGGAGUAUUUGAAAUGAACUGACCAAGGCAAGAAGGUGGUUAAAAGAAAAAAGGGCUAGCAUCUACAAUUUACCUUAUGCAUUUAAGCUAAACUGUUGAUAAAAAAGUUCAUGGACGUGUUAUGCCUAUGACAGCUUUUGUUGUAAUUAAUCCAGCACCAAGGACGGCAUUUAAUAGUGUCCUCGCAGUGUAAGAUCAAGUUAGAUUAAGGUUGUGCGCGCACGCGCGCGUUUUUAAGAGAGCGGCUUACCUAAACUUUUAUAUACAGCUUUAAAGUCAUUUUAAUUUCAUUUAGUCCCCUUUUUGCAGAAAUGACAUGUUUUCUGGUGUCAUUGUAACUGUAUUUGUCGCUCACGCGCUGAUUGGGCGCGGAAGGUGAUGAUGUGUCAGAGCGCGCGCUCCUUGCUGCAAAGCUUUCUUUGAAACUCUCUACACUUGACAGAGAUUUGAAACAAAUAUCUCACAAACCAAGAGGUCGUUCACACACACACUUCACUGUUAGUUGCAAAGAAAUAAUCCUGCCCUUCAAACAGGGCGUUCAUUCCGCUGCAUCUCCAUGAAAUAGACGUGCAGAUCUCAUCUCUCUUCACCAGAGGAGGAACCCUCUCUUUCCAUAGAUGAUUUCAAUAUACUUUCAGGUGUUGUAGCAACUUUUUUUUUCUUCCGUGACGCAAAGCAGCAAAUGAACUUGAGGAACAUGGUGAAGCAACCAGUGGAGCACAUCAAGAGACCAAUGAAUGCGUUCAUGGUGUGGUCGCGAGGUCAGAGAAGGCAGAUGUCACUGGAGAACCCAAAGAUGCACAACUCUGAGAUCAGCAAGAGACUCGGUGCCGAGUGGAAGUUGCUCUCCGAGUCUGAAAAAAGACCUUACAUCGACGAGGCCAAAAGACUUCGCGCCCAACACAUGAGAGAGCAUCCAGAUUACAAAUACCGACCGAGACGCAAACCUAAAGGACUGUUGAGGAAGGACACUCUGUUGUCUUUCGCGCUUCACAGCGAGCGAGACUUUCAAAGCAUCUCAACUUUGAACAAACCACGACCUCUCCAUUCAGCUGCGUCCAUGCAGCAUCCUUUCAUUGAGCCGAGCCGAUCCAAUACCACUGCUUUCCAACAUGAAAAACCUGCUUUAACCCCUGGCUCGUUGGUUUUUUCUCCAGCUUUAGGCUAUCAGAGUGGACACAGGUCCAUCGGGAGUGUGGGAUGCCCCGGUCAGUACGCGCACACUCACCUGUCACCUGCAAACCCCGGAUACCUGCUGCCCUGUAACUGUUCGCCCUGGACUUCUUCCAGUCUCACACCUCCACUGGCCUACAUAGUGUUUCCAGGUAUGAGCAAGUCUGCAAUGAACUCUUCACCGCUGUGACUCAGUCAUUAAGAUGCGAUUAAUAUAUCACGGAAAGCAUUUUAAGAGAGAAGACGACAGGUCUUUAUCAGUUUCUUACUUUAAGUUUAAGUGCAGCUUUAAUAUGUUGAUUAAAAGUGGAUAACACUUUGAUUAUUGAUUAUUAAUUAUAAUAUCAAUAAUAAUACCUACCCUUUUCACAGACUGAUGACGUGUUCUAACGGUCAUCAAUAUCGUAAAUCCUGCAAAAAAUAUUUUCAUUUUUAAAAAUGUAUUAUAUUACCAUUGUAUCAAAUUAGCCUACACAAAACUAGUUAACGCUCCUGUGAGGGUAAAAAUGACACCAUGAUUCUCUUUUCUGACUAGCCUACUGUUAUCAAUCGCUCUCUAUUUUUUUCCUCUUUUUUAAAAGUUUUGAAAACAUUAUUGUGGAGUUUUUCUUUUGCUAUUUGAAGCAAAGUCUCUCAUACACCGCUAUAAAAGUUUACUCAACUAUGACGACUUCCGCUUCUGAGAAACCCGGAAAUGUCUGUUUAGUUAGUUUGUUAUGCUAGUUGGUUUUGGAAUUUCACUUUUGUUUUCGCAUUGAUUUAUGAAGCCGAUUUGGGAUUAUUGUAAUAAUUAAAAAUGCUAGAAUUAUCCUACUUAAAGGAUUAGUUCAUUUUCAAAUGAAAAUUUCUUGAUAAUUUACU